AUGGCGGUUAGCAUACGUAGUUGCUACACGUUCAAUGUGGAAGAUAAGAUAAGCUUACAGGAUUGUAAUACAAGCGAUAAAGGCCGACAAUCCGUCAAUCGUACGCAUUAUCUUCGCUAUGAGUCGACUAAAGCAGAUAAUGCUACAACGCAGGUAAAAGUGCGCCAUACUCCGUCAUUCGCAGCAUUGACAACAAAAAUGUUUCCGCAAAAUCUACUGCUGAUAUUGCUCUUCUGCGUCCUUUACUGUCACUGCUACGUGCAAAUAAUCGAAGAGGAGAUCACAGCAACACAAAAUAUAACAAAAACUGCAAUGAACGACGCGGAGAUCCUAUCGACUGUCAUGGUUUGCAAUAUGUUCUUCGUCAUGAUUGUACUAGUUCCGACAAUGCUAUAUUAUAGGUACUACUCUAAGGAAAAGAAUGAUGAAUGAUGGCCAACCAAUCGAAAUAUCGUCAAUAUUGGUGAUAUUGUAGACUGCAAUUAUCUUUCACACCAGUUAAAUUGAAUUAUUAAAUAGAUAUAUAUAUAUAAGUAUUGUCACAUAUCAAGAUGGAAAAAGAAUUGAAAAUGUAAUGAAAAUCAAUCUUUUCAUCACAAAAUUGCCGCAUGCCGCCGUUAAUCCGCAUAUUCAUUCAAUAAAUAUGCAUGAAUUAACAGCGGUGUUCGCGUAAAUUAGUAUGAAUUUGAUAAUUAAUCUGUCAAUCUGGUUUUAUAACUCGUUGUUAACGAAACCGCGCGAACAGACUGCUCUGCUAAAUUUCGAUUCGAUCAAAAUGCAAAAUACAACGAGGGCGAUGCAUUUUGUACGGUAAACUCGCACGAAGUGAUUAAUGGAUUAUUUUUAUAAUAUGUUUAAUGUGUACAUAUACAACAUUGUCUGCUAAUCAGUUACAUAUAUCGACAAUAUUUAAUAUAAUUUUCUUAGUGUUAACAUUUUAUCAAUGACAAAAUUAUAGUUAAAAUAUAAAAAUUAAAAUAAAAUAUCAAAAUUAUAUAGUUAAUAUUUAUGUGUGUAUAAUUUUUUCUUUGUUUAUAAAACAUUGUUUAAUAU